AUGAUGAGCUUCAACCAGAUAUCUUUGGAGCAGAUGUUCUGCUAUUUCGAUGAGAAUGGCGAUGGGCGAAUCUCGUCGGCGGAGCUCAAGUCAUGUAUGAGCGCCGUCGGCUACGAUCUAUCCCUAGAGGAAGUCGGGGCCAUCAUUGAGUCGAUGGAUGCUGACGGCGAUGGAUCGCUGAGGCUUGAGGAAUUCAUCCAAUUGAUGGAGAGGGGAGAGGAAGAAGAUGAUACAGAGAUGAUAGAAGCCUUCAAGAUGUACGAGAUGGAAGACCAGGGAUGCAUAACUGCGAAGAGUCUUAAAAGGAUGCUAAGCAGGUUAGGUUAUUCAAGGGAUAUUGAGGUUUGCCAGGGGGUGAUUAGUAAAUUUGACACCAACAAUGAUGGGGUGCUCAGCUUUGAAGAGUUUAAGAAUAUGAUGAUGGCUUGA